AUAAAUAAAUUGAAUAUCAUGCCAUAUACAACAAUUGCAUCGAAAAAGCCACUCCACCUGGCCGGGCAAGGAUAGGGGGUGGGGGCAACGGGACAGCAUAAAGGGCGAGACAGAGGAAGGGCCACAACCAGCAACCACUCCGCGGGGCGCACCAGCCGCCAGCCAUCGCCGCGGUUCAGUCCGACCCGAGCUGCCGCAGUGUGAAGGUGUAUUGGCCGCCCCUCUCGAGCAUCACGUGUCUGCGCACAAACACAAACACGAGCAGUUGCCACUCUUCGCUAAAUGAGACAUCAAACAUGCUUCAAGACCCACAGAUCUACUGAAACCGCGAUAUUUCUCUCUUGACAUAUAUGCAGUGCGCGAACUGGUAUUGAAAUGAAACACACAUCGCAUCUUAACUUCGACGUGUGAUUCAUUGGGUAAAUAUACAGAGAGGAAUCGAGUCUUCCUUUUUUCUGCGGGUUACCUCGUUAUCAGCCUGUGGAGGUGCGCCGCCCUGCUGAUUGCACCUAAUUGUAGGGCAGCGAGGCGGGCAGGACCUAGCGACUCCUUAGUGUUAUCUCCAAAGGGGAUGCUUAACGAGGCUGGAUAAUCUGGAUAAUCGCCCUCCAUCCUUUAUCUUCAGCCGCCACGAGGGUAAGCCGCGAGGGAGGGAGGACCUACCUGGAUAAUUAAGAAAGGCAAACGAUAUUAGUUAAAAAGUAUACUCGCACCUCCCGUAGACUUUAACAGUGAUGUGAGGUACUGGAACGUGGGGAAAUAAGGGAAGCUGCAAGAAACCAUCAGGCCUACAGGUUGUGGUCUCUGUAAGCUGUGAAUUGUUAAGUGAACUUAGUGAACUGUGACGUACAACUUGUCUUUUACUGUGAUUCGUUGACGUGUGAGUCCGUUGCUGAAAUGACGAUAAGGGAGACGCAGUGAGUGACGCACAGUCUGUGUUCUGUCGCGUGUUGGUUACUCUACAUCUCUGGUUGUGUUUAUACAAGACUGUUAGAGGUUUUAAGUGAUAAUAAAGUACCUUCUCUUCUUACUGACACGGCAAAAUGAUGCGCACGUGGUUGUUGUGGGUGGCGGUUACAGCUGCGGCGGUCACUGUUGUAACGGCGACGGUGGGUGCAGCACUUCCAGGCUCCUGCCCUCAUGUGUGCUUCUGUCCACUGGAUGCCCGCGGGAGACUGCAGGUUCUAUGCACCACCGGGGGCUUGAUGGACCCGCUGCCAGUACUGGAGAUGCCCGAGAACAUGGAGGUAUUGGAGGUAGGCGCCCCGCAAGACCGCCUUAACACCCUCACUCUCGGGCCCAUCUUCAAGAGCCAUACGGACCUGGAGCACCUCAGUGUUACUAGAUCGCGUGUGCCCGCCCUCGGCGCCCACUCCUUCUGGGGGUUGCGACGUUUGUACACCCUGAAUGUAUCUCACAACGCGCUUACUGCUGUCAUGGACAGCAACUUUCGUGGCGCGGAGUCUCUGCAGACGCUGGACCUGAGCCACAACCAAAUCGAGUCGGUGCCUUCCGCCGUGUUCCGCCACGUAUCCAGGCUGCGCCACCUCAACCUCGCCCACAACCGCAUCCCAGAGCUUGUGGCGCGGGUGUUUUAUGGCCUAAAAAAUCUCCGGACUGUCGAUCUCAGCUACAACCCUCUUGGAAUUCUGCCUUAUGACCGUUUCAAUGAUAUCUCCAGCUUACGAGAGCUGCGUUGCGCAGCAUGUGGACUGCAGCAACUCUCAGAAGAAGUUUUCAAGGUGCUUCCUGAGCUAAAUCUACUAGACAUCCGCCGUAACAGACUGAUAGUUGUGCCAGGACUAGCUGCUGCACUGCAGCUAUCCAUACUCCACCUGGACAGCAACCAUGUAACUUCCCUGGCUCCCGGAGGCUUGGCAGGACCGCCGCUGACAACUCUCACACUUUCUCAUAAUCGGCUGGCUUCUCUGGAGCCCCAAGCCUUCGCUAACUCAUCUUUGACCCACCUCGACUUGGCCUACAACCGCCUGACACGCCUCCGCUCAGAUGCCAUCAACGACGGCUUCAGCCGCUUACGAUACCUCCGCUUGUCAGGAAAUCCUUUCAGGUUGGAGAAUCUGGUUCAGGUUGUGCCUCGCACGAGGCAGAUGAGAUACCUGGAGUUGGCCUCGCUGGGCCUCAGCACGCUGGAUCCCGACCUGCUGCGUCACGCCCGCCAUCUCAAGACUCUCAACGUGUCCUCUAAUCUUCUCUCAAAGUUUCCCGCGUCGGCGCUCUUUGCUACGCCGCAUCUCACUGUACUCGAUCUAUCCUACAACGAUUUUCGCGGUCUUCCACAAGAUCUGGUGACGGCUUUCAUCACCAUGGGCUCGCUGGAACGGGUGUGGCUGCAGGGCAACCCUUGGCGCUGUGAGCAGUGCCACCUGGGUCCCAUGCUGGCCUGGCUCCAAGACGCCGCUGCAUCCAGACACCCCCACGCUGAGGCCGUGUGUCACAAUCACCCUAAAUCCCAGCGCUGUCUGCGCUGCGCAGGACCGCCUCAGUUAGUGGAUCGAGAAGUGCAGCUUUUGGAUCCCGCCCACCUGCCGCCGUGCUCUGAACAGGGAACCAAGUGGCCCGAGUGGCGAGAAAACAGCCCCCGCCCCACACGGGACCAGCAAGCGACCCUCUCCGAGGAGCCCGUGCAGGUGCUGGAUUUGUUUGGAGACCAUCUGGCGCUGAUCGUAGGCGUGGGCGUGGGCCUGGUGCUGGCCCUACUACUGGUGCUGGCCGCCGCCCUGCUGCUCGCUCGGCGGCACUCGGCGCUCUAUUACACCAACGAGCCCGCGGACCAAGACUCGUCACAGAAAUUAAUGAGUCGCAACAACAAUGACAACAGUCCCCCUGGUCCCCGCGCCGCCACGCCUCGCUCCCCCCGCCGCUCCUCUCCCCCGGCCAUUGCCACCAUCGAGGAGGUGGACAGCAUAGCAGGCUCCAGCAUGGACCUGCAGCCAGGUCGGGAGCUGAGGGCGCCGAGGAUCGUGCGACUGGUGGCUUCCCCGCUACCUUAGUGCCACAGUCUGGCAGGCGCCGGAGGUUAGGCGGACAGGUGGGUGGCGGACCACGAGAGAGAAAUUUAAGUCUUCGACCGUGUAGUAUGAAACUUGACCUUGUGCUUACGUCAGCCACCCAACACUCGCAGGAUGCCUGUUGUCUCCUCCCUUCACGUCCCUUUAACUAUGAACAUCACAUAGCACCAGGGAACCUUGUGCUCAUGAGGGCGUGACUCGUCCUCCUCACAGUCGCUCCGCCAGACCUGUCUCACUCUGCUUACGUGUCGUGUCGUACAUGUACAUACAUAUAACCAGCGAGCGACACCUCGCGCACCGCCAUCUCCUCGACUCGCUCCUCGAGUUUGUUGCAGGCUGGAGUGAGGACGCUGCGUUACAACCCGUGACGGAACCUGCUGAAAACUCGUGAUGGCCCGAUAUUGUCACACAAACACAUUCUCGGAGUGUACUUGAUCCAAUAAACAUCAUAUUAAAGUGCUCUCUAAAAAAAAACAAUAAAGAACAAAACUGCAGAGGUUGCACAAGACGCGUAAACUCAUUAAUAAAGCAGCCUGUUGAAAAUAGGCUGAUGUAUGAUAUAGUGAGUUCGUGUUUUAGUAAAUAUAAGCGUAAAUAAGUGCAUUAUGUACCGUCCCGCCCGCGGACCAGUGCCGCCCGUGAGGUCCCGCCCUGACAGACAUACCGGACCCGACCCGAAACACUGCUAUCCUCGUCAGGGAGGUGCCGCCUCACGUCCAAGGGGUUCUAUUUUUCUUGAAAUCAACACGAGAGUUAUAGAUGGAUACAAACGUUUCCUUUGUGCUUUGUAUAUUUCUUUGCCAUCAACUACGUAGUGUGUUCAACAAUAAAUGUCGGUCCUUAUUUUUGUUACGCCUCGUUUUUUGUGUAAUUGGUGUCUUGUUUUCUAUUUGGUGUAUUGUAAUGAUGUAAGAGAGUAGAUGGUAAGACAGCGAAGGUGUGUUGGAAUAUUUCCACUCAAUCAGAGAUAACCAGCAGCUUCCAGCCUUUCAGCCUUCCAACGUUCCCCUAACAUUAAUAUUACGAGGCGGCGGCUGCCCGCCACACACACUUACUAACCCUUGAGGAGCUCGUGUCCGCUGUUUUUUUUUUUUUUUUUUUUUUCACCACAAAAUUCAUUGAAGUUAGACAUGCCCUGUUGUAUUCCAUCUCAGUUCCUCGUUGAAUCUUAGCUCAGCCUCUCCUCAAAAACAAUUCUAUAAAAUAUAGAAAUAUACCAUAUAACCCUACUUUGCCCAAAUCCCUGAAACAUUAUGCCGUCAAGGCGCAGUACUCUUUAGUGCAUCUAUAGAAUAACAAGCAUUUAUGAACAUCACAAAAACUCUUCCACUGAUCAAAAAAAACACUUUCUGGACGCCAGGUAAGCGAGAGGCAGGAUCCCACACUGCCCGCCUUUCCGCCUCCGGAGUCUUGAAACAUAAGCUGUGAUACUAAACUUUUUGUAUCUUAAGUAAGGUUUUGUAUAAAGGAAUAAAGAGUGCUAAAAUCAA